AAUUGUGAUUAAAUAUGGAGAGUUGUUGAGUGAGGGGAAGAGUCAAUAAAUAUCAUUUUUUUAACUUGGAUUUCACAAUGGAUGAGGUCGAGAGAAUAUCAACUAUUGACUUUGAAGACUCAGUGAACGUGCAGAUUAACCACCCCUCAUCAAGUGAGAGCAAGGAGACUCCCCAAAAAUGCGAGGCAAAACAAGAGAUAACUUCCUCCUCGUGUCCUGUUGAAGGCGUAACUGUAUUUCUUGACAGGGCAGAAGUCAGAAGGUUAAUAAAAGCAAGCCUUGUUGUUGGUGAAAAUGAAGUCCUCGUCACGGGACUGCCGUCAUGCAUGGACGAGGACUCGAUUAGAGUUCAAUGCUUGGGGGAAGCAAAGAUAUUGGAAGUUUCACAUUUGAGCAAGAAGUUGUACAUUACAGAGUUAAAGGAUCCAAACCCAGAAGAAACCAAAUCUGAAACCCAAAUUUUGAAGGAGACUAGAAUUGAUACCAAGAAUAAGAUUAAAAAAAUUCAAGAUAGAAUCCAAUUGUUGGAAAAAGAGAAAGCCUUCUUGAACAGUUAUGGUGAAAGACUUGGACCAGUUGCUAAUGUCAGUGAUAAACUGGUAGAAUCAUUUGACAAGAAGAGCCUCGAAAAUGUUGCUGCUUUUAUUGGCUUCUACCAUACUCAAGGGAAAAAACUGAGUGAUGAAUUAUUUGAUGACACAAAUGAAUUGAAUGGUUUAGAACUAAAGCUCAAGCAAAUUGAUGAGCGCCUGGAAGAACUGGAAUCGCUUUGGGGCUCUAGCUCACAUGCAUAUUAUGAUAAACGAGUUUCAAUUUUACUUGAAGCACAACAAGAAACAGAGUUGCCUCUAGUCGUUUCAUAUGUUGUUACUGGUGCAUCAUGGAGUCCUCUCUAUGAUAUCAGAGCAUUUAGUAAAGAUAAUUCACUGCAGUUGUUAUAUUUUGGGGUUAUCAAACAGACAACAGGGGAAGACUGGCCUGAUGCUAAACUGUCACUGAGCACAGCACUCCCAAGUGUCGGUGGAGCACCACCAGAGCUGGAAACACUCCAUAUUCAUACUAUUGGAAAACUGCACCGUAGACCCAAGAAAAGAUAUGGUAGCAAACUGGAAAGAGGAUCACUGGUGGAAUCAGGCUUGGUAAAUGAUUUGGAGCCGUGUUUUGGUCUAAUGUCAGAUGAUCAGUCUAACAGGUCAUUUGCAUUGAAUCAAUAUAUCCCGACAGACGUCAAAGAAGGAAUAACAAGUGCAACGUUCAGCAUUCCUCGAAAAUCUACAAUCAAAAGUGAUGACACUGAGCACAACGUAGCAAUUUGUCAAAUCGACUUAAAGCCGAAUUUUGACUACGAUUCUGCACCUAAGUUGGUGGCACAUGCCUUUUUGCAUGCAAAAGUAAAAAAUGAAUCAAACUAUGCUUUGCUUGAAGGGCCUGCCAAAGUAUUUUUGGAUAACAACUUUCUCACAAAGACACACAUGGAUGCUGUCAGCCCCUCGGAGGAAUUUGAACUUUCUUUGGGUGUUGACCCUGCCAUUAAAGUUACCUACAAGCCAUUGAGAAAAUUUAUGCAAAGAACUGGAGUUGUGUCUAAAUCAACACAAACUGACUAUCAUCAACAGAUCUCUGUCAAGAAUACCAAGACAACAACUAUCAAAAUUAAAAUCAGGGAUCAAUUGCCCAAAAGCAGUGAAGAUAAACUCAAGGUUAUCCUGAAAGAGCCAGCUAUUCCUUCACUAAAGCAGAAAGGUAGUGCUGGGGAAGAGCAGCCAGUCAAACUAACAGAUAAAAAUCACAUUGAAUGGAAUUUGGAAAUAAAACCUUCAGAAACUAAAGAGCUGAACAUGAAGUAUACUGUUGAGCACCCUGCAGACAUUGCUAUUUCUGGAUUAUAAAGCGAAACGAGCUGCUGACUACUACCGUGAUAUUUUAAUGCAAAUUGACAAAUCUUACGUAAUCAGCAAUAAAUGAAACACGUGCCUUUUUCUUUAUCCUGUUUAUUUAUGCUUCUUUACUUAUUUUGCUUUUCCGCCAUAACGUAAAAUGUUCCUGCUCGUAAGAGAGAUGAUAGUUUUACAACAAUGUCACUUCAAUAACAUGCCCCUUUGGAUGAUGAUGGAGACAUACCUCUCGUAGUAUUGCUCAAGUGAAGGAAGGGGUGACGAACCAAACCUAUAAUUAGGGGGUGAUCUGUGUGACAAUCAGAUAAAUAUCUCAUUAUCAACAAAUCGUGAUGUAGAUUACUUCAUGUUUCCUUCUUCCCAAGGGAGUCAUGUCCUGUUGUCUAAACAAGCAGAAAUACGUCUGUACACUUCAUAAUUAUUCAUAUUUAAGUAUGCUUAGUGAAAUUUGAAUCCUUUAUUAUUAACCAUACACAACAUAAUUAGGUAUUUAAUUUGUUUGUAAUCGUUUCUAGUGCAUUCAUUCGCAAUAUUUUGCUUGAUCUAUUAAGACUAUUUGUAUUUCAAACAUCACCUUCCAGUACUUCAUGUAUUUUUGUAAUCGAAUGACAAAUCAGACAUCACUGAUUUUACUCUUCAUUCUUAGAAUUUAAGUUUUAGAAUUUAAAUUUAGAUACUGUCUAGCAUUCGUAUUAUAGAAGACUCCCUUAGCUUAAAAUUUUUCAUUCUUUUCUGAUACACAUAAUAGCAAGAGCAUAGCAGAG